UAUACACACACACACACACAUCUGAUUUCCUCUAUUUGUUCACUUGUUAUUGAGUUUCCAAUGAAAGUAAAGCGCAGUUCUUCUGAUAUGGCGGAUAGUUCUAGAGGUAGGAAUAAGAAGGCAAGAGCAAGAAGGAAUGGAGGUGAAUCAGUAGAGGACACCAUUGAGAAGUGGAGAAGGUACAACAACAACAGCCAAGUUCGGUUCAGUGAAGAAGAUAAUGGCCUCCAAAGGGUUUCUAAGGUUCCUGCCAAAGGUUCUAAAAAGGGGUGUAUGAGAGGGAAAGGAGGACCUGAGAAUCCCGGGUGCAAGUACAGAGGUGUAAGGCAAAGGAUAUGGGGGAAGUGGGUGGCGGAGAUCCGACAACCCAUCAACGGUGGUCAUCAUCUUGUGAGUAAAGGGAACAACAGGCUUUGGCUUGGAACCUUCUCUAAUGCCAUUGAUGCAGCUUUUGCUUAUGAUGAAGCGGCAAAGGCUAUGUACGGUCCUUACGCUCGCCUCAAUUUCCCCUGUGAACAUUCAAAGGGAUCGGUAGAUAAUUCCGGCAACAAAGCGUCUGCUUCAUCCACCAUUGAGAUAUGUUCAAUCGAGUCUGGUUCGACAUCCGAUUUAGAUGAAGACAGAGCUAAAAAGGAAUCAAGUACUACUUACGUGUCCCCUGCAGUAGUACAUGUUGAAGAAUCAAAGAUGUUACUAAAAGGUAAUUCGACAGAGAAACAAAAUUGUUCUCAAGUUUGUAUGGAGGAGGAAGCAGGAUAUUUAGCAGAGGACACUGCAAAUGGCUUCAGUUCUAGAUAUAAUUACCUAUAUAAUGAAGACCAAGAUUCGGGUAUUUCGAUUUUGGAGUUGGAGCCUUGGAAGGAUGUUAAAGCCGAGAUGCCAGUAAGUAUCGAAUCCGAUACCAGUUAUAAUUGUUUCUUUGGUGAAGAUGAUAACUUGAAAACUGAGCCUUCAAGUGAGAUGAAAGUGGAAAUGGAGGUUGAACCUGGGGGAUUAGAUAAAUUUUAUAACUACAACAGUUUGGGUAAUUUUUAUGAUGAGCCCCCAGUUUUGAGCUGCCAGCAACAACUUAAUACUCCAUCAUCUGUUGGUGAUAGCUUUAACGACUUCAAGAACAAAUUGGAGCGUAUGGAUGGUUUGUCGGCCGAAGCCAUAGCCGAUGCGAAGCCUUUGGCCUUAAUUAAGGAAGAAAAAGAUUAUAAUUCUGAUCGAGUUGAUUCUUCUUCAACGAGCAACAUUCAAAGACAUGGGAAUGGCUUAGCCUUCAACCAUGAUGAUGAGAUGGGUUUUGGUUUAGAUUACACUAUGGACUUUUUGACACCUGAGGCUGAUUUGGACUUCCUAGAAGCCAUGAAAUUCACUGGUUUAUAGUUUUGAUUACUGCAUUUUUUUU